AUGGGCAACGCGCCCACGGCCAGAAAGGGCAGCGAGAUGGAAAGCGUCAAGGAGUUCCUUGCUAAAGCCAAAGAGGACUUCCUCAAGAAGUGGGAAAAUCCUGCACAGGUGGUGAAGCUCAAGCAGAUAGAACACACUCUGAAUGAGAAGAGGAUUCUCCAGGCUGUCAGCUUCCCUUUUCUUGUGCGAUUAGAGUACUCAUUCAAGGACAACACUAACCUCUACAUGGUGAUGGAAUACGUUCCAGGCGGAGAGAUGUUCUCCCAUCUACGAAGAAUUGGCAGAUUUAGUGAGCCGCACGCUCGGUUCUACGCUGCUCAGAUCGUUUUGACCUUUGAGUACCUGCACGCUUUGGACCUGAUCUACAGAGACCUGAAACCUGAAAACCUGCUGAUAGACCAACAGGGUUACAUACAGGUUACAGAUUUUGGCUUCGCCAAACGUGUAAAGGGCCGGACCUGGACACUGUGCGGCACCCCAGAAUAUCUGGCUCCAGAGAUUAUCCUGAGCAAGGGGUAUAACAAGGCAGUGGACUGGUGGGCGCUGGGCGUACUGGUCUAUGAGAUGGCAGCAGGGUAUCCACCUUUCUUUGCCGAUCAGCCCAUUCAAAUCUAUGAAAAGAUUGUGUCAGGAAAGGUCCGUUUCCCGUCUCACUUCAGCUCGGACCUGAAGGACCUCCUGAGGAACCUGCUACAGGUGGAUCUCACCAAGCGCUACGGGAACCUGAAAAACGGCGUCAACGACAUCAAGGGCCACAAGUGGUUCGCGACGACCGACUGGAUCGCCAUCUACCAGAAAAAGGUGGAAGCGCCCUUCGUCCCAAAGUUCAAAGGACCAGGCGACACCAGCAACUUUGACGACUAUGAGGAGGAGGAGAUCCGCGUCUCCUUCAGCGAGAAAUGUGCCAAGGAAUUUGCCGAAUUCUAG